GCUCGUUCCUCCCCGAUGGCCUCGCUCGCCGCUCGCCGCCUCCUCUCCCGCGCCGCCGCUUCCCGCCGCCUCGUCCCCUGCGCCUCCUCCCCCGCAUCUCUCCGCCGCUUCUCCGUGGACGCCUCGGCGACGCCGCCCCCGCCCCCGCCCCCGCUCCCGCCGCCGCCCCCGGAGCCGACCGUCGAGCUGCCCAAGUCGGAGGGCGCCUCAUCAUCCUCGUCUCACGCUGGAGCCGGAGGAGCGCAUCGCCGCACCGGCGGCGCGGGGUACGAGGAGGAGCAGGAGAAAGUGCUCCGCGCGUCGCUGCUCCACGUGCCAAGGAUGGGGUGGAGCGAGUCAGCCAUGAUCGCUGGGGCGAGGGACGUGGGCGUGUCGCCGGCCAUCGUUGGUGCUUUCCCCAGGAAGGAGGCUGCGCUCGUUGAGUUUUUCAUGGAUGACUGCCUUCAACAACUCAUUGAUCGCAUAGAUGCUGGUGAGGGAGAGCUUUUGAAGAACUUGGUACUGAGUGAGAGACUUUCCAAACUUGUCCGAAUGAGGUUGGAAAUGCAGGGACCUUAUAUAUCAAAGUGGCCUCAAGCUCUCAGUAUCCAAUCCCAACCAGCAAACAUUCCAACAAGUUUAAAGCAAAGAGCUGUCCUUGUUGAUGAGAUUUGGCAUGCUGCUGGAGAUGCUGGGUCAGAUAUUGAUUGGUACGUGAAGCGAACUGUGCUUGGUGGCAUCUACUCCACCUCAGAGGUGUAUAUGUUAACAGAUAAUUCUCCAGAUUUCCGCGAUACAUGGACAUUUGUGAGUCGCCGUAUCAAGGAUGCUCUUGAUCUUCAGAAAACAUUUCAGGAGGCCGCGUAUCUAGCAGAAGCCGUGGGAGCAGGCAUGGGUGGCUCCCUACAGGGUGUUCUGAACAGAGUUUUCAAGAACUGAAGUGCACGAGCCUGCCUUGGAUACAUUCUCAUUCUCGAUGUUUCCAAUAUCGCAUUUCAAUUCAGAAGUUUAGCACAUUCAGAGUCAAAUAAAGCAAACUGGUUGCUUACGAUGUAGUGCUGUACAUAGUAGCAUCGUUUUUCAAAUGAAAUACUGUCGGGAUCCACAUGCGGACGGAUAUGAGGUUGCUAGAUCUACCAACA